CCCAGUAUAUACGCCUACUACGGCAUGCAACUUGAUUCUUACAACAAUAGAUACACAAGGCAAAUUUAUGAGGGCAGUUUAAUGAAAUUCAGAUGUUAUUUGUAUCGACUGGGGGAUCCGCCGAUUACAUGGACAUGGUAUUGUGGGGAUGAAGUGAUGAAAAACGUAACAUUUUCAAGCGACCGUUCGUAUACGUACAUGAACUUCACUGCGACGUGGAAGCACGACAGAAAACCUUGCUAUUGCAGAGCAAAAUCACGUUCUACUGUUUUAUUCUACGACGAAACUUCUGAAGAUCGUUACCAGAUGCGUGUUUAUCAUUCACCAAGGACACGACCAUUUAUUUAUUCUUUGUCGUCUACAACUGUACAGAGCGGUGAGUACAUUAACAUUAAGUGCAAUCUCGAAACACUAGGAUACCCACAAAUAUCCUGGAGAUGGAUCUGUGAUGGCCAGCCUCCCGUGAACGGAGUGGACAUCGGGACAGAAACUUACUUUCAACUCAAAGCGUCUGAAAGACACAAUGGGAAGGUUUGCAGAUGUAGAGGAAUAUCCUCCUCAUCUUCCUUCUACACGUACGACGAGGUAUCGAACCCUGUGAAGAUCACCGUUUUAACUAAAACCGAGGAAGAACCUCACUGCGUAUCACCUGCAGCUUUUGGAACAACUACUGGGGUAUUGGUGGUCAUUAUAUUAGCGUUAGUCACCACCCUUGUAUUACAGUACAUCAGGGUGAAAAAAGGAGGUAUCUGCCCCUGUGAAAAUAUUGGAAAGACAGUAGAAGAAAAAACAAGUGAAAACAGCAGUGAACAUAAUCCUACAUAUAUCAACGAUCAAUCCUACGAAGUACUGCAAAUUAACAGAGAGAGACUUUAGACAACAUUCCUCUAACUGAAAUUGAUUUGCACUGGUUUUAUGGUUCUCCAUUGAAUGUUAAUUUUUCUUCAGUCCCUUGGAUUUCAGAAGAUUAUGGUACUUCAGCUGUGAUAUAUUUUUCUUGACAUUUCUAUUUUAUAAAGUAAAUUGGUCCAAUGUUAGCAUAUUUUUACUCUGUGGUCAAUUUUGAAAAUCAUGCUUUGUGUACAGACAACUAACAUGAAAAACAUCAAUCAUUUUUACUAUGUGUUCAGUGAUGUCACAAGAGUAUGCUGAUAAAGCAUAUUUUGUUUAUAAUAUUGAUGGUGAUAUUUGUUUUUAAAAAGUUUGCUACUAAUUCAUAU